AUGCAUCAGCGGAGUCACAUGAUGCAAGAAUGUUGGCUGAUUUGCUUGAGAAAAAAAAUUGAAGAAAUUGACAAGGAAUAUGUUGUGCAAAUUGUGACGGAUAAUGGAGCAAAUUAUAAAGCAGCGGGAAGACUAUUAGAACAGCGCAUUCCUGGUCUUUUUUGGACACCAUGUGCGGCCCAUUGUAUCGAUCUUAUGCUAGAAGAUAUUGGAAAAAUGAAUGAAUUUAAACCCUACAUUCAAAAGGCUAGAGAUGUCACCACGUUUAUUUAUCGACAUGGGAGACUUCUAAGUGCAAUGAGGGAAAAGACCGGUGGCAGAGAUCUGGUGAGGCCAGCGACUACUAGAUUUGCUACUGCAUUUCUCACUUUGCAGAGUUUGAACAAACACAGGAAUGAAUUGAGGCGGUUAUUUGUGAGUGAUUAUUGGAGUGAUAAUAAGCUGUCGAAAACGUCAAAAGGGAAAAAAGUGAUGGAAACCAUUCUUUCAUCAAAAUUUUGGGAUCAAGUAGAAGAUUAUUUAUGUGCAACACUUCCUCUUUUGAUUGUUUUUAGGCUAGUUGAUGGUGAUGAAAACCCAGCCAUGCCCGAGCUUUCCUCGGCUAUGAAUCAUGCGAAGAAGAAAAUAACUGAAUCUUUUAUGAGCAAAAACAAAACAAGAUUGUUGGCCAAGUUGAUGGAAAUAAUUGAGGAUCGAUGGAGAGAUCAAAUGGAGGUGAAGUUAUAUGGGGCUGCACUAUUCCUAAAUCCUUCAAAAUAUUUUGAAUUGAAAAGAAGUGAUCCCGUAUUUGCCCGUAAGCAACGUCAAUUGUUUAAUGAUGUUCUAGAAAAGAUGGUUAAAGAUGAAGAGUUGACGGAUAAGAUUAGUGGUCAAGCAGAUGAUUACGAUAAAAUACAAGAAAGCUUUGGCCGUCAAUUGAUUCAUACUAAGAAAAGAAAUAGACUAGAGCACAAAAGGCUAAAUGAUUUGGUGUAUGUUCAAUAUAAUCGGAAGAUUGAACAUCGCUUUCCAAAGCGACGGGAAGAAGGAAGCAAUUUUAGUCCCUUAGUUCUUGAAGAAUUUCAAUGGGACAAUGAAUGGGUUGAUGAUUCUCCAUAUUUGGUUCAUGAAGAUGGAGAUCUUGAAUGGCAUCAUGUUGAUGAAGCCGUAGGUGCUUCAAGUAAUCUCAAUAAUUCCAACAUUCGUAGUAGAGGUGUUGGUGAAUCCUCAGGUCCACCUGUCAUGUAUGAUCGUCGCCGUGGCUCUUCUAACAGAUAUUUGGUGGAUGAGAAUGAAGAUGAUAAUAUGAACAAUGAAAGUGAAGAUUGA